AUGUCAGAUCCAUCGAUUGCUCGUUUACCAGUACGUGACAAUAUUAAACGUCGAAUAAGACUUUUGCGACAGAAUAAUCAAAUGGUGAAAGAACCAAAUGAUCCAAACUUUGCUUCUGUUCCUAUUCCAUUGACCAAAACUAUACGUAACGAUCAGUUUCUUCGUUGUGAUACAGGACCAGGAGAGGACAGAAUCCUAAUCUUCGCAAGUGAUGAACAAGUCGAUAUUUUACAAGAUACCGAAGAAUACCUUGUUGACGGAACAUUCAACGUCGUGCCUGAAAUAUUCUAUCAAUUAUUUAUCAUUCAUGAUUUAUUUCGUGAUCAUGUCGUUCCAUUAGUUUAUGCUUUAUUACGUCGAAAAAAUGCGGAAACAUAUCGACGCCUUAUCACUGAAAUACUGAACAUCGCUCCUCGUUGGUCUCCAGACACUAUCAUGCUCGACUUUGAACAAGCUUCAAUGGGUGCUUUUCGAACAGCUUUUCCUAAUGUCUUAUUAUCUGGAUGUUAUUUCCAUCGGCGACAAAGCAUACAUCGAAAACUACAGGAACUGGGAUAUCAGAAUCAGUAUCAAACAGAUCCAAUAUUUUCACAUAACAUCCACAAGAUAGCUGCCUUGACAUUCUUAGAAACAAACUCUGUCAUCAACGGAUUUGAACGUUUAUCAAUAGAUCUUGGUGACGGUUACGAAGAUAUAUUGGAUUAUUUCGAAGGAAUAUAUAUCGGAAGGCUUCGACCAAAUCGCGCUCGAAGAAAGCCCAUGUUCGAAAUCAGUUUCUGGAAUAUGAAUAGAAGAACCACUCAGUCCUCGAUGCGAACAAAUAAUUCUGCCGAAGCCUAUCAUCGAAGAAUUGGUUCGGUAUUUCAAUGUGCUCAUCCAACACUAUGGGUUUUUCUCCAGAAGUUAAUUGAUGAAGAAAACGGUAUCCAUGCAUAUAUUUUACACAUUUGUGCUGGUCAAACACCAAAAAAGAAAAAAGGAAAUAAACGACUCGAAAGACGAUUAUUGAAUCUUGUAACCAAUCCUCACGGAGAUGUCUUAGUUCAACUUGACUCAGUCACGUACAAUAUAUCAUUGUAA